UCGAACGCGAGCUUUGGCUUUGGCCUUGGCCCCACACACACUUUUAUUUCUUCUUCUUCUAUUCUUCUCCUCCUCCCUUAAAAUCCACUGUCUUUGUCUGAACAUCGAAACAAAGAGCAACGCAAAGAGAAGACAAAGGGCAGAAGGGCUUGUCCCCUUGCAUCUCUCUGUCUCUUCUUCACCAUUUUCUCUCCCUCAUUCUCCUGAGAGGAGAGAGAACAAACGAGUCUCAGUCUGACCCAUCUCUCAUCUCGAACCAAAACACAUAUAUUCAUUCAGUCAUUCUCGUACCACACACCAGACACACUCCCACCUAGGCCUGUGUUUUUGUUUGUGUUUGUGUGUGUGUGUUUGGAAUUAUGGCGAGAACGGUGUCCAACAACAGCAGCAACGAUGAAAGAGUGGAGGAUGGCGAGGUGAGAAGUCGCGUGAGGAAGGGGCCGUGGACCCCAGCGGAAGACGCGAUUCUGACGGAGUAUGUCAAGAAGCAUGGCGAAGGGAAUUGGAACUCCGUGCAGAAGAAUUCUGGCUUGUUCAGGUGCGGCAAAAGUUGCAGACUCAGAUGGGCCAAUCAUCUCAGGCCCAAUUUGAAGAAAGGCGCCUUCUCUCCAGAGGAAGAACAAAUCAUCAUCGACCUUCAUGCCAAGCUCGGAAACAAAUGGGCCCGAAUGGCCGCACAGUUACCUGGUAGGACCGACAAUGAAAUCAAGAACUUUUGGAAUACCAGAAUGAAAAGGCGCCAGAGAGCAGGGUUACCCCUUUAUCCUCCUGAAGUUCAUGCAGAAGCCACUGCAUACCAUCGACAACAGCAUCGCUACAUAGAACAACAACCUCAUUCAUCGCCGUCUUUUUCUUUACUUCUAUCUUCUUGUUACCCCAAGAAGCUCAAUGAUCCAAACCAAACCCAUCAUUCCAAUGCGAACCUGCUUCAAAACCAGCCUGAUGCUGCUAACUGUUACAUCAAUCCUAGCCAGCAGUUCAAGUUUUCCAAUGAAAAUAGUGGAAGCAAUGGAAACCUUGCUUUGCCAUUAUCUCCUCUUUCUCCAUUUGGAUCAUCCUCCUCCAACCUUCUCAAUAACCAAAGUUUUGCUCCUCCUAGUGCUUCUGCUGCAACUGAUUCACGUGAUUACCAAAGCUAUGGUGAUCAUGGUGGCUUCAUGGCGGGGUCUCCGUAUGAACCCUUUCCUUUGGUGCACGGCUCCACCACUGACAUCUCUUCCAGCCAAACAGCAACCCCUGCUUCAUCCUAUGCUAGUGGUGUUGAUGGCUUGAUGGGGGCUUCAAGCAUGAUUAAUAAUAAUAAUGAGUGCUAUGAAGUUGCACCAUUGUCUCCUCAGGGAAACAGUGGCCUGUUGGAUGCCCUGGUGAUGGAAGCCAAAGGACUUUCUCACAAUGACAAGUCAAAGAGUGAGGAGGGUUCAACUUUGGCUGGGAAGUCUUAUAAGAGAAAAAUCAUGGACUAUGCAGAGGAGGAGGGCACAAUGUCAGCUAUGAAGAAGAGCAGCAGUGGCAAUGGCAACCCUACUAAUAAAAGCCAGAGGGAUGAUGCUAUUAGUUCCUCUCAAUUGUCAAAAGGGAAGGGAGUAAUUGGGUGGGAUCCGUUGGAAGAGAUGAAUGCGAUGGACGAUGAUUUGUUCAGCCUGCUGAAACUUAUGUGA